AUGGUUAAAGGAAGAAAUACUACUACUAAUAAUAUUACUGAGGAUUCUAUAGAUGAUUUUGGUGGUGAUGAUCCAGGUUCUCCAUACACUUCUGGAACAGACAGAAAACGCAGACGUGGAGUGAUUGAAAAACGUAGACGUGAUCGAAUCAAUUGUAGUUUAGCAGAUCUCAAACGUUUAGUACCAGAUUCAAAUCAUAAACCUGGUUCAGCCAAACUGGAAAAGGCUGAAAUACUUCAACUUACCGUUGAAUUUUUACAGAGACUUCAUAAAGAAGGCUAUGUACUUGGUUCAGAAGCUCGUUCAAUUGAAUUACGUCGUAUAGGAUUUAAAGAUUGUCUCUUAGAAGUAACUCGUUUAUUAUCCACAUAUGAUGGUAUCAAUAUAUCUGGUCAAGAAUUAAGUCGACAUCUAUUGAAUCAUCUUCACCAGUGUGAAAAACAAAGAGAUUUAGAAACAAAAACUUAUUUAGCUAAUAUUGCUUCUGUAGCCAAUGCAAUGUAUUCAAAAGUGAAUUCAUCUAAUUCCACUGCUACUACCACUACCAAUAUUGUUGGCCAACAUCAUCAGUUACAAUGUCAAUCAUAUUUACAUUCUCACCAACAAUACAACUUAAAUCAUGCUAACAGUUCAAAUUCAGUGAAGUCAAAAUAUUCUAAAAACAAUUCACGUGUAAAUGAACAGUUGGAAUUAUUAGAUAAACAAUCAACUACACUUUCAUUAACAAAUAAUUCCGUAAAUCUUUUACAAACUAAUGCAUGUCAUCAAAAUGAUGCUUAUUAUACUUCAUCAACAUUUCAAAAUAGUAGAAAUAAUUACACAUCAUAUCACUCAGUAGAUUGUAAAAUGAAUGAGGAACAAACAUCUCAUAAAUCUCCAUAUAAAUUAGAAGAUAGAUACUCGGAACAAUUACCUAAUUGCUUUUUACAAACGAAUACAUUUUAUCCAAAUUAUAUGUAUAAUGAAUAUUGGAACAAGUGUUCACCAUAUACUACUUCAUCAUAUUUAUCGACUUCCACAACGACCACUACCGUAUCUAAUGGGAAUGGAAUUAUAACAUGUGAAUCAAAUUAUUUAAAUACUAAUUACCAUACUUUCUCCAAUUUCUCAAAUACAACAUAUUCUACCGUAAAUACUAAUAAUAGUAAUAUUGGUAAUUCUCAGUUAUCUACCGGUCUUGGUCCAAAUGAAAGUCAAUCUACAUCAUCACCACCAUUUCGUUCAACACCAGAAGAAUCAGAUAUUGGUUUCAGUCCACAUUUGAAAAUUAAUUUAUCAAAUAUUGUAGGAAACGAUGAAAUUGAAGAUGAUUGUAAUUAUUACAAUCGUGAAUGUACAGGGGGAUUUAUAACAUCAACAACAACUACAACUGUCUCCGCAUCUAAUAUGACUGCUGCACCAAUGAAGCCAAUCCUAACAAAAGAAUUUUACCAACAAUCUCACUAUGAUAACAAUCAUGAAUAUGCUUAUCAUCAAAAAAUGAUGUAG